AUGGCAGUCUCUGCCAGAGGUCAGAUAAUGCUUUCGUCUACGGUCAAGUUACGCGAGGCAACAAUAAUGACUAGUAGGAACAUGAAGGUUUUGAAGUUUUGUAAUGGAGAAAUGAUGGGACGAAAGAUUGAGCUUCAUGUUGGUAGCAAUGGUUGCACUAAGAAUGUUGUUAGGAAAAAUAUAUCCAUGUCUCUCACUGCUGAUGUGGCUAACGAAUCCAAGUUGAAAGAUAUAUAUAUGUCAAAAAGGGACCCAAAGACAGUUGUAGCAGUUAUACUCGGUGGAGGAGCUGGAACCCGUCUCUUCCCUCUCACUAAGCGACGAGCCAAACCUGCUGUUCCACUUGGAGGUGCUUACAGACUUAUUGAUGUGCCGAUGAGUAAUUGCAUCAACAGUGGUAUCAACAAAGUGUACAUUCUCACUCAAUUUAAUUCAGCCUCACUCAACAGACAUAUUUCCCGUGCUUACAACUCGGGUACUGGCAUCACUUUUGGUGAUGGCUCUGUUGAGGUUCUUGCAGCAACUCAAACUCAAGGGGAACAAGGUAAAAGGUGGUUUCAGGGUACUGCUGAUGCUGUGAGGCAGUUCCACUGGCUCUUUGAGGAUCCCAGAAGUAAGGACAUUGAGGAUGUUUUGAUUCUUUCCGGGGAUCACCUUUACAGAAUGGACUAUAUGGACUUUGUUCAAGAUCAUCGAGAGAGCGGUGCAGACAUCACUCUUUCUUGCCUGCCAAUGGAUGACAGCCGAGCUUCAGAUUUUGGUCUAAUGAAGAUAGACAAUAAAGGAAGGAUCCUUUCAUUCAGUGAAAAGCCUAAAGGAGCAGAUCUCAAAGCAAUGCAAGUGGAUACAACUGUUCUUGGUCUUUCAAAAGACGAGGCUCUAGAAAAACCAUACAUUGCUUCGAUGGGAGUGUACGUCUUCAAGAAGGAGAUACUUCUUAAUCUAUUAAGAUGGCGCUUUCCGACUGCAAAUGACUUUGGAUCAGAAGUCAUUCCUGCCUCAGCUAAGGAAUUUUACAUGAAGGCUUAUCUCUUCAAUGAUUACUGGGAAGACAUAGGGACCAUCAGAUCAUUCUUUGAGGCAAAUCUAGCCCUCACUGAGCAUCCGUCCAAGUUUAGCUUUUAUGAUGCAGCAAAACCAAUGUACACAUCAAGGAGAAACUUACCACCUUCGACGAUUGAUAAUAGCAAGAUUGUUGAUUCAAUCAUAUCGCAUGGAAGCUUUGUGAAUAAUGCUUUCAUAGAGCAUAGUGUAGUUGGAAUCAGAUCAAGAAUAAACUCAAACGUCAAUUUAAAGGACACAGUGAUGCUUGGUGCUGAUUUCUAUGAAACUGAGGAAGAAGUGGCAGCACUAUUAGCUGAAGGAAGAGUUCCAGUAGGAAUAGGAGAAAACACAAAGAUCAAGGAUUGUAUUAUUGACAAAAAUGCUAGAAUCGGAAAGAAUGUUAUUAUAGCAAACUCAGAGGGAGUACAAGAAGCUGAUAGAUCUGCAGAAGGGUUUUACAUCCGUUCAGGCAUCACUGUUGUAUUGAAAAACUCAACAAUUGAAGAUGGACUUGUCAUAUAA